CUUCGGGCUCUGUGCGACGCUCUAGUGGAUAAAAAAUUGUCACUAUGUUCACCGUGAAUUGACAGCCAAGCCUCCAUUUGGCAUUAUGCGAAUAUAUGUAGCCUAAUUGAAAUUCAUGUAAUUAAGGAGAAACUGGAGUGCUACGGAACUUUGUCAUUACGAAAUAUUGGAAUCAGAAAUAAUUAACUACUUCUUUUGAGGAGAGGCGAUCAAACUGACCACACCUUAUAACCACCGUUGAGUGUUAAUUUUGAAGACAACAUGUUUUCAAAAAACAUUAUCAUUUUACUUACAUAUACUCUUACGUUGCUACUGAUGUACCAUCCGCCUCGGAUCUCCGCUCAGAAGUCGACUGGUCCCAGGUGGCUAAUCGGCGACAGGGAAAGCCAUUGUGGCAUCAUCUGCUCUCGGAGUCACGGCAAGCCGAUGUGUGGCUCAGAUGGACGAAGCUAUGAAACCAGCUGUGAGCUACAACGGGCAAAAUGCAAGGACCGCACACUAACACUUGCGCACCGUGGCCGCUGCAAAGGCACAAAGAAGAGAGUAAUCCCACCCCCUCUGCUUCCUGGGCCAACACUGGCCUCUGAGGGCACGGAGCUGGAGCUGAAAGACUCUAGCCAGUCAAAGUGUCGUAUGGAACGAUUGCAGGCCUUGGAGCAAGCCAAAAGACCCCAGGAGUCCAUUUUUAUUCCCGAGUGCAAUGAGGAUGGUACUUUUGCCCAGGUUCAGUGCCACACACUCACGGGCUACUGCUGGUGCGUCACCUCUGAUGGCAAGCCAGUCAGUGGAUCCUCCGUCCACAACCGCACACCUGUCUGCUCAGGGACAGUCACUGAUAAGCCUCCAGGACCACCAAGCUCUGGAAGAAAAGUCUCUUUCCGUUUCUUUCUCACACUCAACCCAGAUGACGGCUCCAAACCUACGCCCACCAUGGAGACUCACGUGCUGCCUGAAGGAGACGAAAUCACCGCUCCCACUCUGUGGAUCAAGCAGCUGGUGUAUAAGGAGAGCAAACAGAACAGCUCCAACAGCAAGAGGCCAGAGAAGGUUCCUUCUUGUGACCAGGAGCGGCAGAGCGCUCUGGACGAAUCCCGCCAGAAUCCGCGCGAGGCCAUCUUCAUCCCAGACUGUGGGCCUCAGGGACUCUACAAGCCUGUCCAGUGCCACCAGUCCACUGGCUACUGCUGGUGCGUGCUGGUGGACACUGGGCGACCCAUCCCUGGAACAUCCACUCGGUACCAGACUCCAGAGUGCGACAAUGAUGCACGUUCACGAGUGUCGGAGAUUGAAGACCCAUUCAGGGACAGAGAUCUGACAGGUUGCCCUGAUGGGAAGAAGGUGGAGUUUAUAACCAGUCUAUUGGAUGCACUGACCACAGACAUGGUGCAGGCCAUAAACUCACCAACCCCCUCCGGUGGUGGGAGGUUUGUGGAACCGGACCCCAGUCACACGCUGGAGGAGAGGGUGGUGCACUGGUACUUUGCUCAGUUGGACAACAACGGCAGCCACGACAUCAACAAGAAGGAGAUGAAGCCGUUCAAGCGCUAUGUCAAGAAGAAAGCCAAGCCCAAGAGAUGUGCCCGCAAGUUCACCGACUAUUGCGACCUGAACAAAGACAAGGCCAUCUCAUUGCUGGAGCUACGAGGCUGCCUCGGUGUCAACAAGGAGGGAGGUAGCUCUGUGAGCAGUAGCAGCAGCACCAGCAGCAGCACCAGCAGCAGCAGCAGCAGCAACCAAGGGACAAGGCAAGGGACACAUUUGUUCAGACGUCUGGUGUGAAGAGGGAAGGUUCCAGAAGCUGAAGCAAGUGCAGAGGGCACAGAGGAAACAUAUCUGGAUGCUCUCUGACGGAAGAAAUGAGAGAGUGAAAGUAGAAAAAAAUGAAGAGGUUCCUGUACAAUAUGAGAUGAAAAAGAAGAAAUUGUGGAGCCAAAAUAUUUGCACUUUCUCUUCCCAGUUUUUAGACAUUUGUCAUCAUUGUUAAACUAUGACAUAAACCAUGACAUAAACUGUUGUUAUUCUAAGGAUCUAUGUUAGGAAAUGUGCACAGUUUGUUACUGUUUUGUAAUUGACUACCUGUUUCAGUCCUGAUUUCAGCCAGGAUUCUUUAUGACGGCACCAUAAUUAGCUAUUUCAUGAUAAUGUCAAACUAAUCUAUUUUAUCUGGUAGAUACACUAUCAUACUCUACUAGUACGGAUGUAGGUGGGUUUUUAAACAGAGCUUUGCCAUUUUGAGCGAUCAGAUGUUGUGCAUCUUGAGAGGAUCAAUGUUGUCAGUUGUAAGUGUCCGCAUUGAUAUAUUCACAUUGGGAAAUGUGGUGUUGACAUCGAUAUGUUCUCAAAAGUAGUCACAUUAAGAACUGAAACCACUUUUAUUAUUUAUCAUCAAACACUCAAUUAUAAAAGAUAAAACAGAUGCACAGAACAUUAGUGUAUACAAUAUACAUACAUCUAACUGGACAGCUAAAUCUGUCUUUAGAGAUUAUGUCAGUUCCAAGCCAAACUAUUUUCAUGACAGGUGGUAGUCACAUUGUAGGUGCUUUUCAGUAUUAAAACCAAUAUCUGUCCUUAUAGACUUUAAAAAGCUUUCACUGCAAGUACUAGUUCAAUAGUGCUACUUUGCUUUAUGUUGUUCUGUGUUGAGGACAUGAAACACAUUUGUGUGAACUUGUUAUUUUUCACUGGAAUAUUUUGGCAUUAGUGGCAUGUGUCUGUCUAGGUUAAUUGAUUUUUAGUUGGAAAAGGACAGAAAGAACGAAGAGCAGAAUGCUUAUAUAGCAGGCAAAGUCCCAUAGCAACGCGUCUUUUUACUGUGUGAAAAGCUUAACUGCAGAGCAAUGGUAAAGAUCUGGAUUGUUGGGUAACUGUCUUAUACAACUGACCAUGUGUUUAUCAUUCCGGGGUGCAUUUCCCAAAACCAUAGUUGCUAACCUGUUAGCAACUUGGUUGGCAAUGGGAAAUUGCAUUGCAACUAACUUAGUUAGCAACUAUGGUUUUGGGAAACGCGCCCCCCCUGUCAUCAAACUCCAUUAACAACUGGUAGCAUAAAUACUAAAACACAUACAGUCCAUCAGGAAGGAAGCACAUCAUUUGCAAAUGCAAAGAGUUAAAUGCAAAACAUAACAUGUACUCCCUCACUUAAAUGUAUGUCAAAAUUAGAGAAAAUGAGGAAUAUAAUUGAUUGUGUUUAUUUUAUGUUUCGUAUGUAUGUAUGGACAGGCUGUGGCAGCAGCUCACGGAAGAAACUGAAAGAAGACAGAUCUGUAAAUAUGUAAUAUACUGUAUGGCAGGAGAGGUAGCUCCAUCCCAGGAGGGCUGGGUACCUCAGCACUUAACACAUGAAAAUGGCUUUAAAAUGGUCUCACCUAGUUUACCCGGCAACCAUUAAAGCCUGAACAUGAACCUACGAUAGAGCCUCCUAUCCUCCAGAAAUGGAAUUACCUCACACUGCAGUAUUCACUGAAGGUGUGACCUUAUUUCUUUGUCAAGUUUGGAGUUUGACAACCUCUAAAGGCGAUUUUACAUUUAAAUAGAUUUUUUUAUUUUUAUUUUGAAAAUCUGUCAAUAAACCAUUAGCACCACCAGUAAACAUGUAAAAUCAAGACACUGAGAAUACAUAUGCUAAAAAGA